GCUGCCAGCCGCAGCCGGAGGAGCCGCGCCCUCUGCACGCGCUCCUGAACGGCCGCGGGUUCUGCGCCAACGCCAGCGCCUCCGGCCGCCUGCACCCCUUCCUGCUGCCUGUGCCCUCCGCUCCAGGAAAUGCCAGCGAGUCGGAGGAAGACCAGGGCACUGGAAGCGUGGAGACCCAGGCAGUCCCCAGCACCCACCGGGUGACCGACUCCAAGUUCCACACCCUCCACACCAAGAUAGAUGCCCUGAGGAAAGGCCACGCCAAGGAGAGCCAGCGCUACAAAGUCGACUAUGAGUCCCAGAGCACAGACACCCAGAACUUCUCCUCCGAGUCCAAGCGGGAGACAGAAUACGGCCCCUGCCGGAGGGAGAUGGAGGACACACUCAACCACCUGAAGUUCCUCAACGUGCUGAGCCCCAGGGGCGUCCACAUCCCAAACUGUGACAAGAAGGGGUUCUAUAAGAAGAAGCAGUGCCGCCCCUCCAAAGGCAGAAAGCGGGGCUUCUGCUGGUGCGUGGACAGGUACGGGCAGCCCCUCCCGGGCUACGACGCCAAGGGCAAGGAGGACGUGCACUGCCUGAGCAUGCACAGCCAGUAGACCCACCCACCACUUAGCGUGGAGCUCAAAUUCGCCUUAUUUUGCACAAAAGACUGCCAAGGACAUGCUCAGCAGCUGGCUAAAGCCUUGAUU